AUGGUUACUUAUAAUAACAUUUCCUACACAAAAGUCAUUGAUGCUGUGAAAAGCAAAGAUCCAAUGACUUUGGUCAUUAAAAUUGGAACAUCCUCCAUCUGCGAUGAAAAGACACACUAUCCUCUGCUCAGCAAUCUGUCCAGGAUUGUAGAGACUAUUCUCCAUCUAAAGACAUUGGGCCAUCGUGUCGUGCUUGUCACUUCAGGCGCUGUCGGUGUGGGGCUGCUUAAUUUGGGAUUGGUGGAAAAGCCUAAAAGUCGUGCCGCCAUUCAGGCAAUUGCUGCUGUGGGCCAAGGCCGUUUGAUGAGCAUGUAUGAUGAUUUGUUUGGUAGAUUCAACCAGCCUAUAGCACAAAUCUUGCUGACCCGUAACGAUCUCGCUGAUAGAUCACAAUAUCUGAAUGCAGUCAAUUGCUUGACCGAGCUCUUGGAUAUGGACAUUGUUCCGAUUGUCAACGAAAACGAUACAAUUUCUGAUGGUGCUGUUCGAUUUGGUGACAAUGACACUCUGUCUGCCAUCACUGCUGGCAUGGUGAGGGCUGAUUACCUCUUUCUCAUGACCGAUGUAGAUUGUCUUUACACUGAUAAUCCUCGUACAAAUCCAGAUGCUCGUGCUGUGCUAGUAUGCGACAGUAUCGAAAAACUUCGCCAAGAAGUGUGCGUUGCUUCUAUGGGUUCUUCUCUUGGUACUGGUGGCAUGAUGACCAAGCUGGUAGCCGCUGAACUUGCUACUGCAGCAGGCGUCACUACAAUCAUCGCUCGCGGAUCUACGCCUGAAAACAUCAUUCCUAUCAUCGCACAGCAAGACAAAGACAAAGCCAAUACGGAAACUUCUACAGCUACUCCUUUGCAUACCCGAUUUCUUCCAAAUGCUGAGCCUCUUGUUGACCGCAAAUGGUGGAUUCUACAUGGACUUCACACUGCUGGAACAAUCGAGAUCGAAGAUGAAGAAGUAUUACUUCCUUCUAACGCUUCCUCUGAUGACGAUUCUGAGGACGGUAGUCGUACUCCUUCCAAUCAAUCAACGGAUUCACUGUUUGAAGUGAGCAGUGUUCCAGCUAUCGCCGUCAAGUCUAUCAAGGGCAACUUCAUCGAACAUCAAGCUGUCAAUAUCGUUGUUCGUCGUCGCUGUAGUCAAAAGACCGAACAGGGUGAAACUAUCGCUAAGGAUGAUGCUGUUACUAUUGCUAAAGGUAUUGUUAACUUUUCAAGCGCUGAAAUCAACCGUAUCUUGGAAGCAAACAAGAACAACAAGAUGGAUACUUUUGGUUAUGACACAAAGAACACAUGUCUCAUGAAUCCAGACAAUAUUGCUGUCUAUGCUUAA